AUGGAGCAGCAACAGCAGCAAAGCCAGCAGCCGCAGCAAGGCCAGCCGCCCCAGCAACCCCAAGCUGGUGGUGUGCAUGGCCCAGCUGGACGUCGCUUGCAUAUUGCGCAUCGUCGGAGUCCUUCAGAGUUGACUCCGUUGAUGAGCAUGUUUGCCAAUCCUGGAAUGGAACAGUUGGCUAUCCAGCAACAAAUUGAGCUGCUUCAACAACAGCAACAACAGAUCCAAGCUACACAGCAACAAUAUGUCAACCUGGGGAUGAUGCCCCCAGGUCAACCCAUCCACCCUGGCGGACAAUUCAAUCCUUUGCAGUCCAUGGGAAACCUCCAGCAACCGGGCUUUCAGUUCCCAAACCAAAUGGGACAACAGAACAUGGCCCCUCCGAGCCAACCAAUGUCACAUCGCCGUAAUCAGUCGGCAUUUCCCAACAUGGGCAUGGGCCCUCCUCCAGCGCCCUCCUCUGGUGCGUCUGGAUCCAACUUCGGAAACUUCGAAGCUCCCGGAGCUGGUGGUGGGCAGCCCCGAGAGAACAAUGCCGGCCGCGGAGGUCGUGGCGGCGGCGGCUCCGGCGGCGGCCAUCAACGUCGACACUCUUUGGCCCUAGCCGAUGCGAAGAAGGCUGCCGAGCUCGCCCAGCAGAAGCGAACGACGACCGGUUUCCAGUUCCCCGCAGCCAACGCCGACGAUGAGAAUAAAGGUCCAUCUCAGUCCGGCGCUGAUCUUGCCCCUCCAGCUGCUGGAAGAGGGGGACGAGGCGGUCACGGCCGCAGCCAGAGUAUGGCCGUCAAUGGUCGUGGUGGCUCCCGUGGCUCCUUCGGAGGUGAUGGAAAUGACGCCCCACGCCGAGGAGGCCAUGGACGAUCCGGCUCCAGAAACUUUGAAGGUAACUGGAGAAAUCAGAGCCAGAGCCAGGAUCAGGGUGGGAACACUGGCUUCCAGCCUGGUCACCGGUCUCAAGGCUCGAUGAACCAGUCCGUCUCGAAUAUUGGUGGCUUCCAGUAUAACCCCAACAAUCCCCAGCUCAUGCAGCUCCCUGGCCAGAUGGUAAUGCCUGGCAUGUAUGGACAACAGCUCAACCCAAUGCAACAGCUCCAAGCUCUUCAGGCCGCGCAGCUCAACGGACAGCAGCUCCAAGGUUUGCAAAGCUCUCAGCAUGCCGGGCCAAUGGGUGGCCAGCAACAACAGCAGCAGCGCAAGACCCUUUUCACUCCUUACCUCCCACAGGCCUCACUCCCCGCACUCCUUGGGGACGGUCAACUCGUUUCCGGUAUUCUUCGUGUGAACAAGAAGAACCGCAGUGACGCUUAUGUCACCACAACCGAUGGAGUCCUUGACGCUGAUAUCUUUAUCUGCGGUAGCAAGGAUCGCAACCGUGCCCUGGAGGGAGAUCUGGUCGCCAUCGAACUCCUCGAUGUCGACGAAGUCUGGUCCCAGAAGCGUGAGAAGGAGGAGAAGAAGAAGCGCAAGGACAUCACUGAUACCCGUUCUGGAUCCGUCAACCAGGGCAACCGAGGCUCAGAGAACAACGAUGACAACAAUGCCGCAGAGGGUGGUAUCCGCCGCCGCGGCAGUCUUCGCCAGCGUCCCACGCAGAAGAAGAACGAUGAUGUGGAAGUUGAAGGACAGUCUCUGCUCCUCGUUGAGGAGGAAGAGAUCAGCGAUGAGCAGAAGCCCCUUUACGCUGGCCAUGUCGUCGCAGUCGUUGAAAGAGUUGCCGGCCAGAUGUUCUCUGGUACUCUUGGACUGUUGCGUCCCAGUAGCCAGGCAACCAAGGAGAAGCAGGAGGCAGAGCGAGCCGCUCGUGAUGGUGGUAAUAACCGUCACAAUGAUUCCCGCCACCAGGAGAAGCCCAAGAUUGUCUGGUUCAAGCCAACAGACAAGCGGGUGCCACUCAUUGCUAUCCCGACCGAACAAGCACCUCGGGAUUUCGUAGAGAAACACCAGGAUUAUGCCGACCGCAUCUUCGUGGCAUGCAUUAAGCGCUGGCCCAUCACCUCCCUCCAUCCUUUCGGAACCCUUGUUGAGCAGCUGGGUCGUAUGGGCGACCUCAAGGUCGAGACUGAUGCGUUGUUGCGCGACAACAACUUCUCAUCCGACGAGUUCUCAGAUGCUGUUCUACGAAACGUUGGCCUGCAGGAUUGGUCUGUUGCAAAGGAGGACGCAGAGGCUAUUGCCGCUCGUCGUGACUAUCGCGAGGAGGCUACUUUCACCAUCGAUUAUGACGGAGGUGCCGAGCUCGGAAAUGCCGUUCACGUUAAGCAUCUCGACGAUGGCAAGAUUGAAGUUGGUAUUCACAUUCCUGACGUCACGCACUUCGUGAAGCCCAACUCUCUGGUCGACCGUGAAGCCAAGAAGCGUGGUACCUCAGUUCAGCUGCUCAACAGGUUCUGCGCCCUGUUGCCAGCAAAGCUGGCUAACGAGGUUUGCUCGCUCGUUACUGAUCAGGAACGCUUGACCGUCAGUGUAGUCUUCCAGGUCAACGCCCACACCGGUGCGGUUGCCGAGGGCGAUAGCUGGGUGGGCCGCUCCAUCAUCAAGAGCACUGGCAAGGUUUCACUGAAGGAUAUUGAUGAUGCUCUGACGGAGCCCUCUGCCUUCCAGAAUGAAGCUGUUCCUGCCACUACACUCCAGCUGCUUCACAAUGUUGCGAAGAAGUUCCGCGAGCGCCGUCUUACUACCGGUGGUGAACCUGUUGCGCCUCUUCGUUUGUUGCAGCAACUGGACGAUGAGAACAACCCGGUCCAAGAGAACUUGUUUGACUCAACCGAUUCUCUUGAACUCGUCGAGGAGCUCAUGCACAAGGCAAAUGCCUAUGUAGCCGAGCGCCUUGUCCAGGGUUUGCCUGACAAGGCUCUGCUUCGCCGCCAGGCCCCUCCCAACCCCCGUCGUCUGCAGACCUUUGUUGAGCGCAUGACUGCGUUGGGCUAUGACAUCGAUAACUCAAGCAGCGGUGCUCUGCAGAACAGCCUUUUCAAGGUCGAGGACUCAGAUCUCCGCAAGGGUAUGGAGACUGUCUUGGUCAAGUCUAUGCAGCGAGCGAAAUACCUGAUCGGAAGCAAGACUCCCAAAGGGCUCUGGGCCCACUAUGCGCUCAACCUCCCACUGUACACCCACUUCACGAGCCCUACCCGCCGAUAUGCUGAUGUUAUUGUCCACCGUCAGCUCGAGGCCGUGUUGUCUGAAGGCAAGGUCGAAUUUACCGACGAUCUCGAGAACCUGGUCAAGACUGUCGAGGCUUGCAACACUAAGAAGGAGUCUGCCCAGAACGCCCAGGAACAGAGCAUCCACAUCGAAGCUUGCCGAACCAUGGACAAGAAGCGACAGGAAGCUAAUGCUGAUCUGGUUACUGAGGGAAUUGUCCUGUGCGUCUAUGAGUCCGCUUUCGACGUUCUUAUUCCAGAAUGGGGAUUUGAGAAGCGAGUCCACUGCGACCAGCUUCCUCUCAAGAAGGCUGAGUUCAGGAAGGAGAAGCGUGUGCUCGAGUUGUACUGGGAGAAGGGUGUCCCCAGCUCCGCUUACGUCCCUGAAGAUGAGCGCCCUAAGGCAGCCGCCUCUCAGAGAAUGAACAAUGCACUUGCGGCACAGAGGCAAGCCGAAGAGGCUGAGAGAGCCAGGAGGGAGAGGGAGGAGGCUGCUCGCAAGCAAACCGAGACUGGAACCAUCUCAACCGACGAUGUUGAUGCGCUGUUUGAUGACGACGAUGACAACACGUCGGAUGUGACUGAAGCCAUGGCCGGUGCCUCGCUUGCUGAGCGGCCCACCCAGAGCGUUCCUGGAUCACCUGCACGAACCGCCACCAAUGCUGGCGAUCUGCACCGUACUCGCUCUGACUCCAAGGUGCCUGUUGGAGAUGCUGUCGAGUCCCGCCUGACCAACAAGGACAAGUACCUGCAGCUUUUCACCCUCAGGGAAGAGGGAGGUGACUACAUCCAGGAUGUCACCGAGAUGACCAGAGUGCCCAUCAUUCUGAAGACUGACUUGAGCAAGAGCCCACCUUGCCUCACAAUCCGUUCUCUCAACCCUUACGCGCUCUAA